UCUGGCCAACAUUGUUGGAUCUCCCUCCCCUCUACUUUUACUCUUUUCAAACUGUUUGCCUACCUAGCUAGCUUUUCACUUCAUUUUCUUUCUUUCCCCUCCCCCUCCCCUCUCUGUCUCUUCUUGAUUUGCUAACCACAUAUAUUAAUUUAUCAACAAAUAAUUCCUCACAGCAAGCACAUACAUUAUAACUCCUUUUCUUGCUAUCUAUCCAUCUAUCAACAUAUAUACUUAGUUAAAGAGCAAUCUUAUGAUCAUACUGGAAUAUAACUAAUUACUCCGAAGAUUAAUGGAUAAUUAUCAGGGCGAGUUAGCUGACAUACUUGGAAGCAGCAGCCUUAUACCCUCAUCCCAAGAGCCGUCUCACGUUACCACCGCAGAUAUGUGGCAGUUGAGCCACUCAGCUAUGAAGAAAGAUCAUUCUUUGGAUGAUUUUGGAAAUCCAUUUUGUACCCUAAUCAAAGAUCCACUGUUCGAAGACUUGGAUAUUCCAAUUUCAAAUAUCUUCACUGCAGUCUCUUCAAAUAUUAUUCAGCAAUCACCAACAACAUUUCCUGAUGAUGAUAAAUAUUCAAAUAAGUUUCAGAUCUCCCGGGACUUGUCAUCGUCAUCAGACAUAAGCUGUGCUAAUUCUUCCAGCUUACUGAAACCACUUGCUCAGAAUCGUGAAUUAAUAUGUGAUAAUCAUGUUAAUCAUAUGAUGUUUAGUGGUAUCAGCUCCGGAACUAGUAAGCCUUGUAAUUGCUUUAUCGAAAACAGAAGGGCUCAGAUCUCAUCUCCACAAUAUACGGGUAUCAAGAGAAGGAAAGGGCAGGGAAAGAAGGUAGUUUGUAUACCAGCACCAGCACCUGUUAAUAGCAGGCCUACCGGAGAAAUAGUUCCAUCUGAUCUCUGGGCAUGGAGGAAAUACGGUCAAAAACCGAUUAAAGGAUCUCCAUAUCCAAGGGGCUAUUACAGAUGCAGCAGCUCAAAGGGUUGUUCAGCAAGAAAACAAGUUGAACGGAGCCGAACUGACCCUAACAUGUUAGUAAUCACAUACACCUCAGAGCAUAACCAUCCAUGGCCAACUCAAAGAAAUGCUCUCGCAGGCUCCACAAGAAAUAAUCCUUCCAAGAACAGCAUUAUUGCUAGUGCAACCAAAAAUGCUCACGGCUCUAAUGAAACUCCAAAGUCGCCUCUACCGGGCUUAAAGGAAGAACAUAAAGAAUUGAUGAGCACCAACACUGUCACUGUGAAUAAUAGUUCAUCAGAACAUGUUAACAUUAAGGGAAUUCAUUUGGAGGAAAAGGAUACAGGAACAGAAGCCGGGGAUCAUUAUAUUAACCAUCCUGACAAAGAUUUCUUCGCGGAAUUAGGAGAGAUUGAGGGUACUGAUCCAUUGGAGCUCAUGUUUACACAAGGAUUUACAGGAGAGGAGAGUGAAAGCCACAAAGCAUUGGAUCCAUAUGGUCUUUAUGAAUGGUCAGGAAAUGCAAACAUUAGUAAUGUCACAUCAUACGGAAACCAAGCCAGGAAGUUAUGAAAAACCUUACAGAAAUUCAUAUAUAUUUUUCACUACUUGUAUAAAUAUUCCAUUGAACUUUGACAUUCCAAAUUCCAGCUAGUUGGACUUUUACUAAUAUAAUGGAAUUCUAGUAUAUAUAUUCAAACUCCUGGUGACAUAUAUCAUACUCCC